UUCUAAGACAAGAAAACAAAACCAGUCUGAAGACAUGGGAAGAUCUCCUUGUUGUGAUGAAAACAACCUUAAAAAGGGUCCAUGGACUCCUGAAGAAGAUCAAAAGCUCAUUGAUUACAUUCAAAACCAUGGCCAUGGAAGUUGGAGAGCUCUCCCUAAACUUGCAGGCCUGAAUAGAUGUGGAAAAAGUUGCAGACUGAGAUGGACCAAUUAUCUAAGACCGGAUAUUAAGAGAGGAAAGUUCUCCAAUGAAGAAGAGAACACUAUUCUUCAUCUUCACUCAAUUCUUGGAAACAAAUGGUCUGCGAUAGCAGGACAUCUACCAGGGCGUACUGACAACGAGAUCAAGAACUACUGGAAUACUCAUCUGAAAAAGAGGCUAAUCCAAAUGGGUAUUGACCCAAUGACCCAUCAACCAAAAACCGACUUGUUUUCUUGCUUACCACAACUACUUGCACUAGCUAACCUAAAGGAAUUGCUUGAACAGACUCAGCUAAGUCAUAACCUUCAAUACCUAAACCUAUUGCAACAGCCAGGUGUCGUAGCUAACAAUCCUGAAAUAAUGACCGCAUUAAACAUGACUAAUUUGAUUCCCACACAUCAAGAACCAGCCCCUUAUUUUUCAAACAAUUAUCCAAAAGAAUUAGACCAAAAAAAGAUAGAAAUGUCCAACUUUUUCCCCGUGGAAAAUACAACUGUUUUAGGUGGUUCUCAACCACUCCAACAACAAGUCACUUUCAUGAAUGUACAAAACAUGGAUGAUGGGGAAGCUGUGGGCAGGUGCCAGAUGGGACUUGUGAGUGACAAAUCACCAUCUUCCACGUGGAAUCCUCUUCCCACAUUGAUGGACAGUUCAGGCGGCCAUAAUACAAACUCACAAGAGAACAGCAGCACCAUCAGCUACGGUGGUGCGCAUGGCGGCAGCGGCGGUGGUGGUAGUGGUGAAGGAGGAGUUGCUUCAUAUAAAUGGCCCGACUUUCUUUUCGAAGAGUCUUUUUUGGAGGAUAAUUUGAAAGAAAUAUGUUGAAUAUACAAGGGUAGAUUUUGGAUGUGCAUUGGAAGUUGUACGUUUCUGAAGUACGAUAGUGGUGCUGCCUCAUGCAUGGCCGCCCAUGCAUGCUUGUUAUUUUUAUUUUUGUGUAUUUUAUAAUGGUUACGUGAAUAGUAAGCAAAUGACAUAUGAAUACUGAAGGUUUA